AUGAAUUUAAAUAAAACGGAAACAUUAUUAUUAAGUCAUAAGUUAAUUCAUUUUUAUAAUAUUUUUACACAUAAUUUUCAAAUAAUUUAUACUAAGUUGAAUGAGAUUGAAACCGCAUUAUCUUUUGCAAAAAUUAAACUUUUGCAUCAAUCAAUUAUUGAUACCGAUGAACUUGUGUAUAUCCUUAAAGAAAUAGAAAUUACGAAUAAAUUAGUAUAUCCUGUAAACUUAGAGAAUAUUGUUAAAAUAGAGCAAAGUAUUGAGCUUAAAGCGUAUGUAAAGCAAAAUCAGAUUAAAUUCAUAAUGCAUAUACCUUUAAUUAAUAAUGAAACUUAUAAUUACUAUAAAUUGAUACCGUUACCUGUCCAUAGUGAUGUUGAUAACCUUACUUCCGUCAUCCUUCCUAAAUAUCCCUAUAUCUUAGUGAAAGGAUUGAAAAUAAGCAUGCUCACGCAGCCCUGUGCAGAACUAGAUGAGGCUCGAUUCCUAUGUCCUGAAACGGAAAGCACACCCCUACUGCAGGACAAAUGCAUUAUAGAUCUAUUUCAUUUCUCAACAAAUAUAAGUACAUGCCUCUCAUUACCUGUUAGCAUCGGAGAUCUAAAGAUUGAAUUUUUACAACUGGAUCGUUGGCUCGUCUACGCUAGAACCGAAAUAAUUAUGUCAAAAUUUUGCAACAAUGAGGUAAACCAUGAGAAAAUUCUUGGUACUUACCUAAUCACUAUAGAUAAUAAUUGCUAUAUCAAAAUACAAGACCACACCUUGAGAAGGAAACAAUCUCGAGGGAAGGACAUUGUUUCCACCAAUAUACCGAUUGUUAAUUUACCACAUAUAAGGAAAGCAGCAUCAGCCGGUGUAAGAAAACCGUUAAACUUAAAAGAAAUCAACCUCACUGAUAUUCAACUUUUAAACUUACUAAUGAAGAAAGGUGAAGUUAUGAGUGAAAGGACAAUCAGUGAAAAUAGUGAAAAUAGUGAAAGUAGUGUUUUAGUUUUUAAAGUUUUAAGUAGAGAUUUCUAUGUGGGUAUGUUUAAGAGAAAUGAUAUUCUGGUGGCCCAGGACCGAUUGUAUAAAGAAAAAGUGCCGUUUAGGAAAAUAUACGCGAAGUAUGGGAGGCUAUUUAAAUGUCCUAUAACCUACUUCAGAGUGGUCGACCGCCUCGGGGUCGGUCGAGGUCCAAAGGUCGAAAUAAUUCGUGGCGGUCUUCAACACAAAUACUUAGUUCUACGCCUAACAUCUCUAUACAGCUACCCUAUAUCUGUUAACGUCUAUGUGGGAUGCGCUAACAAAAUACCUCCAAGAACAGCUAUUAGUACUAAAUCACCUGAUAUUACUACAGAAUCGAAGGGUAUGGAUAAAACAACUGUCGUCAUAGAUGGACAUGUAGAUUCAGGAAAUUCUACAGAUACUAAUAAAACUAUGGAUGCUACUACGGCUGCUACGUAA